AUGCCUGGGAAGAAGGCCUUCCUGGCUCUCCUGGCAUUGAGCAGUGUGAGUCUCUUCCUGCACCAUCGAGGACACUUCUCCUGGACUAUGAAGGUCUUCCACCUGGAUUCACUGCCCACACACCCGUCCCCCACCCAGAAACCCAAGCACACCAGCGUGGCCUUCCUGAAGACGCACAAGACGGCAAGCAGCACCAUGCAGAACCUGAUGUUCCGCUUCGCCGAGCGCCACAACCUGACCGUGGCCCUGCCCUAUCAGAUGUGCGGCCACCAGUUCUGCUACCCCAGCUCAUUCAACGCCCGCUUCGUGCACCCGCACACCCUUCCCCCGCACAUCAUCACCAGCCACAUGCGUUUCAACCUCUCUGAGCUGCGCCGCCUAAUGCCCAACGACACCGUGUACGUCACCGUCCUCAGGGAGCCAGCCUCCAUGUUCGAGUCCCUCUUCAGCUACUACAACCAGGACUGCCAGAGCUUCAAACGCGUCCCCAAUGGCUCCUUGGAGGCCUUCCUGGCCCACCCCACCCGCUACUACCGCCCGGAGGAGAAGGACUCUGUGUACGCCCACAACACGCUGACCUUUGACCUGGGAGGGGACAGGGACCGGCCGUCCUCGGACGUCGAGUACGCGAGACACUUCAUCGAGGAGAUCGAGCGCGAGUUCUCGCUGGUGAUGAUCUCGGAGUACUUUGACGAGUCGCUGGUGCUGCUGCGCCACCUGCUGGCCUGGGACCUGGAGGACAUGCUGUACGUGAAGCUCAACAUGCGCGCAUCCAGGACGAAGCUGAGCAGCGGGCUGCCGGCGCAGGUCCGCGCCUGGAACGCGCUGGAUGCGCGGCUCUACGACCACUUCAACGCGUCGCUGUGGCGGCAGCUGGCCACGCUGGGGCCGGGACACGUGGCCAGGGAGGUGGGCUUGCUGCAGGCGGCGCGGGAGAGGGCGGUGCUGGGCUGUUUCGGGGGCCAGUUCCCCCGGGUCCGCUCCGGCACCCUGAUCAAAAACAAAGAGCUGCGGCCCUGGCAGCCCAACUCCAAGGUGGACAUCGUGGGGUACGAACUGCCGCUCAACGCCUCCCGCCCCACGGCGGGAGCUGGCGGGAUGUCCCAGGAUGUCUGUCUGAAGCUCAUCAUGCCGGAGGUGCAGUACACCCGUGUUCUGCUCCGAUCCCAGUCCCUGCUCUACCGAAAGAAGUACGCCCUGCGCUUCACCCCACCUGUCCGUUCCCCUGGGCCUCACCUCCUCUCACCUCCGCCAUCCUCCCGAAACAGCUCCUCCAGUCCCCACUCGCCGCCUGCUCCUGCUGUCACUCUGAGCCCAGCCGUGAAGGACAAGCCCCGCCCGUCGCCCAUGCAGCCAUCUUAG